GAAUCAGUCAUGUAAAGUUUUAAGAAAAAUUAAGCUUGAAUUCACCCCGGAGCAGAUUGAGGACUUCAAAGAUGCUUUCCAGCUGUUUGACAGGACACCAGCCAGUGAGAUGAAAAUCACUUAUGCCCAGUGUGGUGAUCUGAUUAGAGCCUUGGGCCAGAAUCCUACCAACAUAGAGAUCAUGCAUGUUCUUGGAAAGCCAAAGCCUGAAGAUAUGCAGACCAAGAUGCUCGACUUUGACCAGUUUCUGCCUAUCCACCAACACAUCUGCAAGGCCAAGGACCGUGGAACCUUUGAGGACUUUGUGGAGGGUCUCAGGGUUUUUGAUAAGGAGGGGAACGGCACAGUGAUGGGGGCUGAGCUCAGGCAUGUUCUGGCAACACUGGGUGAGAAGAUGAGGGAGGAUGAGGUGGAGCAGCUCAUGCAAAACCAAGAGGAUGCAAAUGGAUGCAUUAAUUAUGAAGCUUUUGUAAAAUACAUCAUGGCUUCUUAAAAGGGUUCCUCAUUGUAAUUCUGGUGCUACAUUACUCCGCAUUACAAAAUUAAUGAUACAGUAAUGAGUGUGUUCGUCCCUCACCAGAACCUUCAAGCCUUGACCACAGCAGAUCAUCAGAUGUUUCUGUGAAUCCCAUCCUGUAUAUUUCUCAUUUCACUGCACCUAGACUGACACAUCAAUACUUCACUGUGUUUUCUAACACCACAUUUGUUGAUGAUGUGCUUGUACUUGACAUUGCCCCAUUCAU